AUGCAAUCCACUGAUUCAUUGAGAGAAUUAAAUGCCAAGCUCUUAGUCGAGAUUGCCAAGCUUAGGAAGGAGAAUGCUGAGAUUCCCGAACUUAAAAAGAAGUUGCUAAAAUUUGCUGAGGAUGAGGUUGAGAAUGUAAGGCUGAAGCAAAUUAUUGAAGAGAAUGCAAGGCGUGAUGCUGAGAAUGUUGAACUCAAGUCCAGAGUCAGAGAGCUUGAAACUAGACUUGCAUUAUUAGAACAGGGUUCAGCAGUGAAUGAGAUGUUAUUGUUAUUUGGUCAGACACAAAAUGGUGACGAAGCGAUGCCAACUGUUGACGUACCCAAUUCUGUAAUAGAUCAGCUCAAUAAUGAAGCAUAUAAGAAAAGCAUUAGUAAUGAAAUUAGAGAGAAGAGGCGGGAAAAGAAGCAGAAAGAUCAAAAGGCACUCGUAAUUUCUCAGGAUGUGACUAAAAUCCCUGAGGUCAUAGACAUGUUAACUUCAGAGCAAGACGAGCAAGACUUAUCACAAUCUUAUGAGGCUAAUUCUGAGAGCAUAAAAUCCGCAUCUUGCGUCUUAUCGAAGCAACCGCAAGAACUUAAAUCCGAUUUGCAUGAUGAAGUUAUUGCCAAGUUGGAUAAAAAUAUAAUUAUGGAACAGGAGUUAAAGCAACAGUUAUCAUCACCUGCACAUACAUCUACAUCAGAUCAAACUUUAGAAGAACAGGAUCCAUCUUUAGAUACCGCACAAAAUAUAGUUUGCAUGUUCAGGAAAGCUAAUAAGCUUGGUCAAGAAGCAAUUUUAUACUGGUGCUACUUUAUAGAAAAAUAUGACAAAAGGAUUGAUAACCUUGUUGUUGGUGGAGUUAAGAAAAAAACUGCAACAUCUAUGGUAUAUCAAGAAAUCAAACAGCUUUUACCUGAUAUAACAGAUGUGAAUUUGCGACAAAAAAUUCUUAGAGCUAGAAAAUUAUAUAAGUUAUUCAAUACAUUAGGAAUAGAGAAAAUUAAACAGGUCUCUUAUAGUGCAGAUGCUAUUUCGAGCCUCAGUUACCCACAAAUACAAAAUAUUAUAAAUCAUGUGAGUUCAGUGAUAAGUUCACACAAUGAAACCAUGAAGAUUCUUCAUGAUCAAAGUCAUAUGACUUCAAAAAUUAAUCCGGCUAAUGCAUAUAUUCCUCUAAAAGCUAAGACGUUAGACCAAUAUCCUACUUUAUAUAGAGAAUUUAGUAGCGAAAAUUUUGAUUAUUAUGGCAUUACCGAUGAGACAUCAUGCGAGGAUUAUAUCUGCCCAUUAUGCAAAUUAGGUCAUGAUGAUAAAGAAAUAGAAGUCUGGGUAACUCUUUGGGUAAAAUCUUUUUUUCGAACAAAUAGGUCUAUAUGA